UAUGCUUGAUAGAGAUAUGACUUGGGAGGAAACUGUGGAUGUAGUUGGCUGUAAUUUGGGCCCAGACAACUACCAUCUUGCAUCAAGGGAUCCUGAGAGGACUCCUUUCCAGUGGGAUGAUACUACAAGUGCUGGAUUUUCUACCAAUGAAACUACUUGGCUUCCUGUUAACGAGAAUUACAAGACUUUGAAUUUAGUGGCACAAAAAAUUGCACCAGUUUCGCAUUAUAAAGUUUUUAAAUCAAUGACAAGGAUAAAAAGAAAGCUCUCUGUUCUUAAGAAAGGAUCAGUCAAAGUUUUGCUUAUCAUGAAGGAUAUUUUGGGGGUAGUGCGAAGACUGGAGGGGUCCCCGCCCUUAGCGCUGCUAAUUAAUAUGGGAGAGAAUGAUGAGGUUGUAGAUGCCAACACGUGGUUGAACAUUCCUAAGGAACUUGUUGUUUAUACUGCGAGUGUUGACUCGAACAUUGAAAAAGGAAGUAAAGUUGAUACUAGUGCAUUAAAGCUUCCUGGUUCUGCAUCUAUUCUCUUGGCAUCCGAAACGCAGGUUUCUGGUUUGCUCAGUAAUAUGUGAUCCUAUUCAGUUGUUGGAUGUUUAUUGUAAAUUGUACUUAUAUUUUCAGCUGUUUCUGAAGUUGUGAUACUUUUAGUGAUUAGAUAAAAAUAUAUAUUGUCUGUUCAAUGGAAAAAAUCUUUAGUUAAAACAAAUAAAAAAAUAGGCCAACUAGUUUAUUUUGGAAUAUAUGCCGCUAUCACUUAUGUGGUUUUAGUUACUACUGUUAGUUUUAAAAAUGGUAGUAGUUGUUCUUACUUCUUCACUAGUUGUUCGAAAACUUCCGACGGUAGUUAACUAUUUUUAGGUAUCUGCACUCACUUCUUAAAGUGGUAAGUCUUACUAUUACAUUAGUACUUUUUGAGUACUUGAAGUCGUGAUAUCCUAACUUUUGAAAUUAGUAUGGUUUUUACUUCUGCAAGGAAAUGUACAGCAAACAUAAAAAAUCAAUCUUCCCGCAAUGAGAGUAAAAUCCUGUAAUAAAAUUCUGUUAAAUCAAUAAACUCAACCAUAUGUGAAAAA